AUGCCAGCAGCAGGUGGAGGUGUAGCUGCCGUGCUCGAGUGUCCGUACGCAGUGAGGCCUGAUAUUGUGCUCGGGGAACUUCUACCUGCCAGGAUGCCCAACAUUAAAAUCUUCUCGGGGUCCUCACACCCAGACCUGGCCCAGAGAGUGGUGGACCGCCUCGGUAUUGAUUUAGGCAAGGUGGUGACCAAGAAGUUUUCAAAUUUGGAAACAUGUGUGGAGAUUGGGGAGAGUGUGCGAGGGGAAGAUGUUUAUAUUGUACAAAGUGGAUGUGGAGAGAUCAAUGACAACCUGAUGGAGAUGCUGAUUAUGAUCAAUGCCUGCAAGAUUGCUUCUGCUGCACGGGUUACUGCCGUCAUUCCUUGUUUUCCAUAUGCCAGACAGGAUAAGAAGGACAAGUCCCGUGCCCCAAUCUCGGCCAAGUUGGUUGCCAACAUGUUGUCUGUUGCUGGGGCUGACCAUAUCAUCACCAUGGACUUGCAUGCCUCCCAGAUCCAGGGUUUCUUUGACAUUCCUGUGGAUAACCUCUAUGCUGAACCUGCCGUUCUCAAGUGGAUCCGUGAAAAUAUUCCAGAGUGGAGAAAUGCCAUCAUUGUGUCACCUGAUGCUGGCGGAGCUAAACGAGUGACAUCCAUAGCUGAUCGCCUUAAUAUAGAAUUUGCGCUGAUUCACAAAGAAAGAAAAAAAGCCAAUGAAGUUGCAUCAAUGGUUCUGGUUGGAGAUGUGAAGGACCGCAUUGCAAUCCUGGUGGACGACAUGGCUGACACUUGCGGCACCAUCUGCCACGCUGCUGAAAAACUUAUGGAGGCUGGCGCCACAAAAACAUAUGCCAUCUUAACUCACGGGAUUUUUUCUGGACCUGCUGUCUCCCGGAUCAACAAUGCCUGCUUUGAAGCUGUGGUUGUCACCAACACUAUACCUCAGGAACAACAUAUGAAGGACUCUAGUAAAAUUCAGUGCAUUGAUGUCUCGGCAACAUUUGCUGAAGCCCUGAGGAGGACUCACAAUGGGGAAAGCAUCUCCUACCUUUCAUGGAACGUGCCAUACCACUGACCACCUCAUGCCUUCAAAAGAAAGUUUUAUAUCAGCACCAACUUUGUGAAUAACUAUGUAUUUACAGUUUGGUGGAAGGUUAUACACACACACACACACACACACACACACUCUAUCAUAUUUGUUUAUCCAGCUGCUUUUUGAAUGUGAUAUGCCAUGUAUUGUCCAUUAAGAUGCUUUACAUAUAAAAUUGUGUAUUGUUUGUGUGUGGGUUUGGAUUAUAUAUAUAUAUAUAUAUAUAUAUAUAUAUAUAUAUAUAUAUAUAUAUAUAUAUAUAUAUAUAUAUAUAAAUGGAAUACUCUGUUGGUUAGAUAUUCAAAUCUAUAGAAAUUUUGUAAUGUGGAGAGUAUUUAGUUUCAGGAAUCAUAUAUUUUACAGUGAAUGAAUGGCUGCAUUUGUAUACUGUAAGACAAUGCUGAUAUUGAUGCUGUCUUUGUGGCAGUGAAGCUGAUAUUGAUGUUGUCUUUGUGGCAGCAAAGCUGAAUCAGUCAGAAGGCAAGUAUACCAUUCACGGCUUUGCAUAAAUAGUACACUCUGAGGUGCUAAGUGUUAUCAUGGCAGUGUUAUAUAGCCAUUCUAUCUCAGUAGUAGGUGAAUGUUUUAGAUAAUUUAACAUUACUCAGCACUGAAUAAAGACAUCACUAAUUCUGUUUGACGUUAUUUGUUUAUGAAAAUUAUAUACGAGGCGGCUAAUAAUGUGAGAAGAGCUAUGUUUCUUGAUGCAUCACUGUUUUCUUGACUUGUUAUUUGUGACAAAGUGAUGUCUUGUACAUUAUGUGAUAUUCAGUAACAAAAGACCUGCCUUUAUGGUAAAAAGACUAGCUUUUGUAUUUUGGAACCAUUAUACACACUGUGCUGCAUGUCCUCCAUUAUGAGCAUGUGAACGCACUCCUAACUUACUGUAAGUAAAAUAAAUAUAAUUUUUCAAA